AUGGGUCGUCAGUCGCGGAGGCGGCCACCGGCAUGCUCGCUUUGCCGGAUCCGAAAGCUGCGCUGUAACCGCGGAUCUCCCUGCUCCAACUGCUCGAUCCGUGGAAUCCCUUGCAACGUCGAUGGAGCAGCUUCCGUCCAAGGCAUUGGGAUCCAGGGCGCCAGUGAGGCCGUUGUGACUGGUGGGUCUCAGGAGGCUCUUAAUCGGAACCACUUGGCUCCCUCGUUGCUGCUGUCUUCUCAGCUGCAGCUUGUCACAGCAGACGUGCUCGGCAUUGAGAAUAGCUGCUCGAGCCAGAAAGUAUUAGAUUCAUUAGCCCCGCCUGCCAUCACUUUUCGUACUCGCUCUAUCCGUUCUAUUUCUAGUCCUUCUUUCUUUGUUCUGGAUCCUGCAAGCUCUCCUCCAUUGGCUGAAGAGGUCAAGGUCGUCAAGUGCAUAUGCCUGCCUUUGAGAGGAGACGCUCAUGUCCUUUUGGACAAGUUUAUCAAAGAUGUCCUUCAUUUUCAUUACAUAUUCCAUAAACCUUCCCUGCCCUCUGCGGUGGAUCGAUUCUAUGACGCCGUGGAGCAUGGCCGAGCUGUCGAUAUUGGUCAAUUGAUGAUCAUGCUGGCGAUUUGCUGCAGCAGCACACACACGUGGACUCGAUUUGAUGAUAACAAGGGCCUUUUCAACCGCCCAGAAGACGCCAACUCACAGACUGCAGGGUGGCUUACGACGGCCCUCGACGUCAUUCAUCAUGCCCAUCUAGCAGCACAUGCGUCCAUGGCGUGUGUACAAGGCAUUAUUGUGGUGUUCUUCAUGAUAUGCAGUUUGGAGGGCAUCUCAGCUCGUGCCCGACUGCUCCACGCUCAGGCAGUCGCAAUGGCCCAGGAGAUUGGACUGCAUUUCAUCGACUCUCCAAAUAACAACAGUCAUUCAGUUAAAAUAAAAAUGUCCACCGUUCAAGCUGAAAUCGGCCGUAGGACAUGGUGGUAUCUUACAGAUACCGACUGUCAGAUGGCAGUACGAAAGCCUUGCAAUGCAAAUGACGAAGACAUUAUCGAGGGUCAAGAUAUUAUAGACCGUCCGCCAGAAGAAGCCACGUCUGUGUCGUAUCUUCUUCAACGUACCCGCCUUGCCGAACUCUUUUAUAGCCUCGGUGGCCACGAUAAGCCCAUCAAUUGGAAUCCGGAAGAGGCAGACUACGGGAAAAUCAUGGAGGCAGAUAUGAAACUGCGACAGUUUAUGCGAGAAUUACCGUCAUUCUUCCGCCUUGAAAAAAGCGGGAGCCUUUCCAAACUGCCACCCUCGGAUAUCCGGCGUUCAUCUGAUAUAACGAUCCAGCGAUAUAUGCUCAACAUGAUAUUUUACGGUCAAAUCUGCAAACUGCACUUGCCAUAUCUUGCCCGAGGAACAAUAAAUCCCGGCUUUGCGUAUUCCCACGAUUCCUGCUUGAAAGCGGCGCAGCGCAUCAUCUACAUCGAGCACCGAAUGAGAGCCGAAAACUCAACGUUCGUCCUAUUUCGCCAGCGUAUGAACGUAAAGUUCCGGAGCAUCUUCAUUGCUUGCGUUGUGUUUGUGCUGGAUGGGUGCUUAGCCAACAACCCGGAAGGUAGCACAACAGGAGGAGACGCAACAAUGACUGACGCAUGGAGAAUUUUAUACGAAGCAAAAGGACAGUCGCCGUUGGCAUCUGAGUUGUUGCAUCUCUCGGUUCAGAUACUGCGAAAGUACAGAGCUUCACAUCCGGCACUGGAAGCUUUGAAAAGAGAGAACUGCAGAAGAGACCCCACGAUUUUAAACCAAAUGGGCCCCGUGGAUAUAGCAACAACGGACAGCAGCAACAUGGUGGUUGAUCGGGAGCCUAGGAGAGUAGAUAUUGACCCAGACACCAUUGACCUAGAUAAAUUGUGGGAGACACUCCAAGGUCGUGGAAGGGAUUGGAAUAAUCUCUUUUGGAGUCUAGGCCCUCCUCUGAUAUAG